CUUACUCGUGUGUCGCCAUCCUUGUCUUGGGGAAAGAACAUAUAUCCGACCAAAAUCUUGGAAUAGCUACCUACGAAAUUGGAAAUUCUUCUAGCUUUUGCUGCUGCUCCCCCGUCUGUACUUCAAAAUGGCAUCUUCAACUUCUAAGGCUCUCGUCCUCAUCACUGGAGCUAACCAGGGGCUCGGUUUUGCUGUGGCGCAGCAGUUAGUCAGCUCGGGCAAGUAUCAUGUUCUUGUCAGCGCACGAAACCCGUCCAAUGCACAAGCGGCCGUUCAACAACUUCAGACCGAGGCGGUGGACAAGGCGGCGGUAACACCCAUUACCCUCGAUGUGACGGAUGAUGCGUCGGUCGAAGCGGCGGCCAAGAGCGUGAAGGACCAGUUCGGGCAUCUCGACAUUCUGAUCAACAACGCCGGACUCGGUAUGGUGCCUGACAAGCCGGUUCGCGAGCAAUAUCGUCAGAUUUUCGAGGUCAACGUUUUUGGUGUUGCGGCCGUCACCGAAGCCUUCCUGCCGAUUCUCAAGGCGUCUUUCUUUUCCGACAAGCGCGUGAUCAACGUCACGUCCGGCUUGGGUCUGAUCACCAUGGCGGGGAAGAAGGACUACGCUUUCAAUGCCAACGCGUGGUACGCGCCCGAUUACCGCAGUAGCAAAGCGGCUCUCAAUAUGAUCACGGCCGCGCAAUCCGUCAAGUUUGCCAGUGACAAGAUUGCCGUCAUUGCUGUCGCGCCGGGUAUGUGCCGCACCCGAUUCACCGGGGGUCAGGGUCGGAAGGACGCCAGCGAUGGAGCAAAGGUCAUUGUGCGCGCGGCUACGGAGGGAGAUCCCGAGAAACUGACGGGCACUUACUACGCGGAAGAGCCAAGCGAGGGCUGGUGAAGAUUGUACUUCGUACUCCCUUUUUUUCCCUUCAAAUAUCUCUCUCUGUCACUGCUUAGUACAGGGUAAUUCGUUGGCUCGCAGUGGUAAAAAGGAACGUUAGCAAUUGCCAGAGAUUCAUUAUCUAGUUCAACCGCUGCCACAGACCGUAUUUAUGUGUAAUUUCCACUAUAAUUUCAUAUCCAAACUCACAUGCGAUGCUACUCCCUUUUUCUUUCUUCAAAAGUCUGUCUCCGUAAAUACAGCAAAUUACUGAGUAUAGGGUAAUUCGUUGGGUGGCCUCAGAUGGAGUAGCCCUAGUUUACGCUUUAAUAUGGAAAGACUUUUGAAAAAAAGGAGGUAAAUAUGAAAUGUACCCUGAAUGGAAG